AUUUUUAAUCACAGAUUUAGCAGUAUAUAAAAUGAAUAGCUAGAAUUAGUCUAAUAAUUAAUUAUUGUUCACUCAACAACUACCAAUCAAAAUGAUUCGAGCUGCUUUAUUCAUUGCUUUAUUUGCCUUGGCCACUGCUGCUAACCUUUCACUCGACUCCCAAUGGGAAUCAUUCAAGAUUAAAUAUGGCAAAUCUUAUGAAUCGGAGGCAGAAGAAACUUACAGACGAAGUGUUUUUGCCAAGAAAAUGGAAAAGAUCAAGGCUCACAAUGAAAGAGCAGACAAUGGUGAAGUUACGCACAGAAAAGGAAUCAACAAGUUCUCUGAUUUGACCACCGAGGAAUUCAAAGCAAAACAUCUUGGACUCACAGCAAAACAUCAUGGAUCUAGGUCAAUUGUUCGUCGAUCCGCACCUCUCAUUCACAAUGCGAACAACACCGUCAAAGCUGCAGCCUAUGUUGAUUGGCGAACCAAAGGAAUCGUUAGUCAAGUUAAAGAACAGCAGGAUUGUGGUGCAUGCUGGGCUUUCUCAGCCAUCGCUGCUAUCGAAGCAGCCAAUGCCCAAAAAACUGGUAAACUUGUUGAACUUUCAGUACAAAACGUGUUGGAUUGCUCAUGGAACUAUAGUUCUCUAGGAUGUGCUGGUGGUUGGAUAAAUUAUGCUUUCUCAUAUGUUAAAGACAACAAAGGUAUUGAUACUGAAAAAUCUUAUCCAUACAUUUCUGGAGACGGAAUAGAUUACCACACAUGUCGAUACAAUGAAUCCAACAAGGGUGCUUCGAUCGCAUCCUUUGUCGAUAUACCAGAAGGUGAUGAGGAAGCCCUUUUAGCUGCAGUUGCUGAACAUGUUGUUGCAGUCGGCAUUGAUGCUGCAUCAGUUUAUGAAUAUGAAUCUGGUAUUUAUUAUACUGAUGAGUGCUCGAGUGACCCUAAAGAUAAUAACCAUGCUGUUGCUGUUGUCGGGUACGGUUCUGAAAACGGUAUUCCAUUUUGGAUCAUCAAGAACAGCUGGGGCAUGUUGUUCGGUGAAUCAGGUUACUUCAGAUUGUACAGAGGUAGCAACAUGUGCGGUAUUGCUAAUGGAGCUUCUUAUCCAAUUGUUUAAAUCGUCAUUAACUUUUGUAUGCAUCGGAACUUAUUGAUCGAUUUUGAACGAGAAUGAAGUAGUAUGAUUGAAUAUUGAACAAUGGUUAUUUAACCAACUCUUGUUGUACAACUUAUUUGACAGUCUUUCAAAUCACGAACCAAAGAUCUAGCUAAUUUGUGACCAUGUUAUGAUAAACCGAUUAUUACAAACA